AUGGGGAUCUGUGGGUCAAAACAGGAGAGUGUGAAUUCUUCAUCUACAGCUGUUACUUCUUCAACAACUAAUAAUAACAAUAACAAUAACAAUAAUAGUACGACAGCUCAAAGAAAUGUUGUGAAGUCUAAGAAUAAUACUACGACUACUACUGCGACUACUGCUAAUAAUAAGAAUGUGGCUGGAACAUCAUCAAAUUCACCAUUUCAAGAAAAUAAUGGGAAUGGUAGUACAGAUCUAAGAGAAUUAAAAGUGUUAUUACUUGGUGCUGGUGAAUCAGGUAAAUCAACAGUUUUACAACAAUUGAAAAUUUUACGUAAGAAUGGGUUUACAGAAGCUGAAUUAUAUAGUUAUGUGCCUAUUAUUUAUGGGAAUAUCAUAGAGAUCGGGAAAGGGAUUGUCGAUGCUAGAGCAAAAUUUAAUAUCGGAUUAGAUAAUGGGUUGACGCAGGAGGAAAUUGACGAAUUGAUGACAUUUAGAUUCGAUACCAAUGUAACUAAAAAUUUAAAUGAUGAAUCAAACGUUAAUGGUACUAUUAAUGAAAUAGAACCAAAUACAACAAUUACUAAUAAUGAUGAUAUAACAUUGGCUAAUUCUAAUUUACCACAAAGAUUUCAUUCUACUUUAGAGAAAUUAUGGACCUCUAAAGCUACACAAAAUUUAAUUAAAAGUACGAAAUCUUCGAAUUUUUAUUUAAUGGAUUCUACACCAUAUUUUAUGAAUUCCUCAAAUUUAAAGAGAAUAUUCGAUGCAGCAAAUUAUAAACCAAGUUUACAAGAUAUUUUAAGAUCAAGACAAAAGACUUCUGGUAUAUUUGAUACAUAUUUCGAUAUGGGUUCAAAUUUGAAAUUCCAUAUUUAUGAUGUUGGUGGGCAAAGAUCCGAAAGAAAGAAAUGGAUUCAUUGUUUUGAUAACGUUACAUUAGCAAUCUUUUGUGUUUCAUUAUCAGAAUAUGAUCAAUUCUUAUUAGAAGAUAAAUCACAGAAUAGAUUUCAAGAAUCUUUAAUUCUGUUUGAAAAUAUCGUUAAUUCAAGAUGGUUCGCAAAUUCAUCAAUUGUUUUAUUUUUAAAUAAAAUCGAUUUAUUUGCUGAAAAAUUAAAGAUUAAACCAUUGGAAAAUUAUUUCCCAGAUUAUACAGGUGGCAGUGAUAUUAAUAAAGCCACCAAAUAUAUCCUUUGGAGAUUCGUUAAAUUGAAUAGAGCCAAUCUGAAUAUAUAUCCUCAUAUUACACAAGCUACAGACACUUCAAAUAUUAAAUUGGUCUUUGCAGCAAUUAAAGAAACUAUCCUGGAGAAUAGUUUGAAAGAGACAGGUGUCAUUGUCGGGUGA